UAGAUUCUGAAAGGAACUAUUGAAUGCACAAUUUUAUUUUUCGAUAAUAAUUUUAUAAUAUUUAUCUUCUCUAUUAUAUUUAUUUUGUGAAUUGGAAAUUUUAAGUCAGUAAUAACAACUAGAUGCCUCAUUCAGACUUUUGGCCUUUUGGUGUUGCUGAAAAACCUGUUGUUUGCAGUACAGUUGAUGAUGGUGACUUGAAUAGAGAUUCAAUACUCCUGCAAAAACAGUUGGGUGACAUGGAGAGCGAAGUGAAAGAGAUUCAAAUGGAACUGGAUGCUAUCAAGCGGGAUCGCUUGGAUCUUCACCAGAGGAAAAUCAAUGACGUCAAUAGGGUUAGUGAGCCCGAUCAAAAACCUGACGUUGUUCGAGAUAAUACAGCAUUUAGCGAUGACGGUUCGACAAAGGACCACAGCAGGUCAUCAGAGCUAUCAAAACUCCGAGAAGAACUUAUAAGAGCAAAGAAUGCAGCGGAUCAAGAAAGAUUUCAAAGGGAAAAAUACGAAUCAAAAUUAAAAGUUCUUGAAACGAAAUUAAACGUUAUAUGCUGUACAGAUCUAACAACGGAAGUGAAGGAAAAUAAAAAGUUUACCGAGGAGGAGGUUCAUUCACUGAAAAUUCAGAUACGCGAUUUGAACGAAGAGAUAGAGGAAAUGCGAAUAACUGUUAUGGAAAAAACAGAACAACUUCAAGACUAUCGUGUUAAGUACCUACAAGCCCAACAACAAGUUGAAGAGUUGAAAAGGCAGCUGGAUGUCAUAGAGUUUGAUAAUAAACAAGUAUCUGAUCAAAUCCAAAUUGAAAUACAGAAGAUGAAGAUGCAGUUUCAAGAAAAGUUGCAAGAGCUUUCUCCUUUGCCGGAUCUCCUGAAAGGGGCGCAAAUACAACUUCAAGAAGCCAAACAAAUGCAAAAGCUGGCUGAAGAUAGUUCGCAGCAGCUCUCUAAUGAAUUGAAUCGCGUCAAGGAAAAGCUUGUUAUUGUAGUAAACAAUUUAAGCCAGGAAAAGGCUGAUAAGACGAAAUUGUACGAAGAAAACAAGACGUUGAGAGCUUCCGUUGACGAAAAGCAGAAGGAAGUUGAGGCGCUCAGUAAAGAUAUGGAAGAAAACAAGUACAACUUGUUACGGCUCGAGGAGAAAUUGAUGCAGAACGACGCCCUGUAUAAAGAGAAGAAAUCAGAGUGCAUGCAAUUGUUGAAAGACAUGGAGGAAACGAAGAUUGAGAGCAGCAGGACCUUAAACAGGUUCAAAGAGAGGGCGGAGUCGAUGAGGAGAUAUUUACAUACGCAAAUCACCGAGAUGGAAAGGCAGAUGGUGGCGACGCGAGCGCAGUGCAGACAAUGCCAGAAAGAAAGGGAUGAGCUCCGGCAACGCAUCCUAAUCCAAUUGAACAAUUUACAAGAGAAUUUCGAGAUGUCCGAGAUCAGGCUGCGAACUCUUCAGAAUCAAGUGCUAACUUUGAAGGACAGCUAUAAAGUACUCCUUACGGAUGAGGAACCACCGACGAGCUAUAUCGACAACUGAUUACAGUGUCAGCUCUGAACACGGGAAACCGGAAAACCUAAACUACCUUCUAUACGAUUUUUAAACAGAUUUUGUGUUGUAGUUACCACCAUUUUGAUUAUUUAAAUGCGGUUUCAGGUAGGUAUAUAGGUACAGAAGAUGCGAACAGUUGAAUAAUUGAACAGAUUCGGCUAGCUUUUUUUGUAUACUUAUGUCACCUUAAAAUUAUAAAUACCGUUAGAUUAUAAUCUACCUCGAUUUUAUAAACUGCCGAAAUCCACAUUAUAAACUGCCAAAAGAUUGUGAACCAACACAUACUGUUUACAAGUUAACGAAUUAUUUUUCAGUAGAUUAUAAUCUAUCAAAGUGAAACUUAUUAGUACCAGCCUUCGGCCAGUUGACAAUUUAACGCGCGAUAGAUUGUGAUUUAACAGUUUUACUUCGAUAGAUUAUAAUCUACUGAAAAAUAAUUAUUUGAAUACGGUUUCAUGUAGGUAUAUAGGUACAGAAGAUGCGAGCAGUUGAAUAAUUGAACAAAUUCGGCUAGCUUUUUUUGUAUACCUAUGUCACCUUAAAAUUAUAAAUACCGUUAGAUUACAAUCUACCUCACGACUUUAUAAACUGCCGAAAGCUUGUGAACCAUCACAUACUGUUUACAAGUUAAAGAAUUAUGUUUCAGUAGAUUAUAAUCUAUCGAAGUGAAACUUAUUAGGACCAGCCUUCGGCCAGUUGACAAUUUAACGCGCGACAGAUUGUGAUUUAACAGUUUUACUUCGAUAGAUUAUAAUCUACUGAAAAAUAAUUCAUUAAAUUGUAAGCAGUAUGUGACGGUUCACAAUCUUUCGGCAGUUUAUAAUGUGGAUUUUGGCAGUUUAUAAUGGCGAGAUAGAUUAUAACGUUGUACACUACCUAUAAACUGUAAGAAAGACCUAUCGGUCGUUCUUACAGUAUGCCGUUCUGUGUCCACAGAGUUAGGAUUUUUUUUGGUUAAUUACAAAUUAUUUUUUCUUACACUACACUUUCAUAAAACUAAUUCUAAAGCUGCAAGUUAUUUUCAACACGAAUUUAAUUUCAAUUCACAAAACACUGUUUACAUUCGACAACAAACGAAUUAACAAAUAAAUAUGGUGGACGCGGGGUACAUAACGUUCAACCAAGCACCGCGAGAGGUGCGUUCCGUCGUAAGCCAUUUCACAAUUUGACUGUUUGGCAUAGAUUACAAUCUACCUAAAAUAAUGCGUUAAAUUGUAAACAGUAUGUUACGGUUCACAAUCUUUCGGCAGUUUACCAUCUCGCGACAUAGAUUAUUAUGAUAAUGGUAUUUACAAUUUCACGGUGACGUUAUACUUAUAUAUUACAUAACAAUUGUUGUGAAUACUGGCGUAGAUAAUAAAUAUAUUGUAUUAUUUUGAUAAGUGUAAUUAUUUAGA